ACAAACAAAAAAACAAAAAAAAAAUUGGAAAAAAAGGACACAUGUGGGCACAUAAUGGUUGUAACAGGAAUUGAAUUGGAUAAUGCUAGCGUUUCAAGUAACCAUUCUCUGUAUAUGUAGUUUCUUACAGAUCUUGGACUGCCAAUCUACACCGCCUCGAUUUCCCUCCAACCAAUUACCGGUAGAAAGGCUCGCACGCUGCAUAGGCGUUGUCCCUCACGUUUUCGCGAUGGAGAUUGAGCGUUUAGUAAGUAUUGGUAAGGAGAUGGGAUUAGGUGGAGAAGGUUUGAGAGAAUUUGUGAGAGAGGAACAAGAGCGAAUGAAAGUAGAACGAAAGGCAAAGGAAGAUGCUGAGAGAGAAAAAAGGGCCAUGGAUAUCGAAAUAAGGCGACAAGAAAGAGAAACGGUGGAACUACAGCUCAAAAUUGAGACGCUAAAAAAAGAGGAAUCUGAGAGUCAGGAACAUAAGCCAAAAGCUAGUAGUGCCAAAACACUUACUCCCAAACUUCCCUCCUUUGAUGAUGAAAAGGAUGACAUUGACUCUUACCUCAACAGGUUUGAAAGAUAUGCCAGCGCCCAAAAUUGGCAGCAGAGUAACUGGGCUGUUAACCUAAGUGCACUUUUAAAGGGCAAGGCUCUCGAAGUUUAUUCCAGGUUACCAGUCAGCGAGGCUUCCAAUUAUGAUUCCCUCAAGAGUGCUCUACUGAAGAGGUAUCACUUCACUGAGGAAGGAUUCCGCAAUCAGACAGACCAAGAGAUCAUGGUCAACGAUCUGAUGGACCCAGUAGAACCACUGGUCAACACAAACAUUUCGAAAGAAAGCCGUCGUCUUCGAGCUACCAGAAACCAGCUUCCUGGAGUCCCACUAACCAAAGACGACACAUGACUUGUUUUGUGUGUGGCAAAUCAGGGCAUAUAGCGAAAAACUGUUGGAGUAAUCCCAACAGGAACCCA